AGGAAUAGGCGGUAAUAAAGGUAAAGGAGGAUGCGAUGAUGAUGAUGGUGGAUUUGGAAGUACACCCGGUGCAGAAUCGCAUGCAGGCCAAAUUUUUUGUUGUGUUGGUGCACUUGCUAUAGUGAAUUCAUUACAUCUUGUUGAUGCAGAUUUGCUUGGAUGGUGGCUUUGUGAACGCCAAUUAAAAAAUGGGGGAUUAAAUGGGAGACCAGAGAAACUUGAGGAUGAUCCUGAAUGUGGAGGCAUUGCUGAUAGACCAGGUGAUAUGGUCGAUGUGUUUCAUACAUUAUUUGGGAUUGCAGCUGAUGUGAAAUUAUCAUAUCUUGAUAAACGAUAUGAAUUCUCUGUCUCUCUACAUCAACUCGGAGUACUUUUGUUAUACAAUAAUAAUGAUGUAUAUACCUUCAAAGAAAUUUCUGAAAAUAUAGGAUUAAAUGAACAAGAAUUGAAAAGAAUUAUGAAGGCAGCAAUUGUCAGAGUAAUGAAAUCAAGAAAGACGUUAUCACAUGUACAAUUAGUUAAUGAGGUUGUUGAUCAAGCAAAAAAUAGAUUUACUCCAAAUGUACCAAUGAUAAAAAAAUGUAUCGAGCAACUAUUAGAAAAACAAUACCUUCAAAGGACACCAGGAACCAAAGAUAAAUAUGUAUAUGUUGCAUAA